GACCUUGACACCGUUUUCUAGAAGAAAAUAAUGGCCGACGGUUUUCAGCUUUUGACAUUGCUAGGAACAGGGACAUUUGGAGAGGCGUGGAUUGCAAAAUCAAAAAAGCACGACUCAAAAUGUGUCGUGAAAGUUAUAAAUAUUCUUCGGUUGUCUGAGCGGGAACUGGACCAAUCCCUGACGGAGGUGUCUGUACUGGGACGAAUGCACCAUUCCAACAUUGUUCGAUAUCUGGAUGCUUACGUCCACGACGGUGCGCUAAACAUUGCCAUGGAGUAUGCGGAUGGUGGAGAUCUUCAUAAGAAAAUCUGUGAUCAAAAGGGAGUUUCCUUCACUAGAGAAGUGAUCUUGGACUGGUUCGUUCAGAUUUGCAUGGCGCUACAGUACAUACACAGACAUAAUAUCCUUCACAGAGAUCUGAAGUCACAAAACAUUUUUUUGACAUCAAAAUCCAUCAUAAAAGUGGGAGACUUUGGAAUAGCUCGUAUUCUCAAGGACAGCUCUGAUUUGGCAGUAACAACAAUUGGGACUCCCUUUUACCUAAGCCCAGAGAUAUGCCAAAAGAAACCAUACAAUCACAAAAGUGACAUGUGGGCUCUGGGCUGUGUGUUAUAUGAAAUAUGUUGUUUGCGUGUACCGUUUGAUGCAGAUGACCUACAGGAACUCCUGAUGAAAAUCCUACAAGAAAAUUACAGACCCAUUCCAAGAGCCCUGGGAUCAACUAUAAAUGUCCUGGUUAAAAGACUUUUGGAUAAAAAUCCUGAAAAUCGGCCAUCCUCAGAUUAUAUAUUGUCUCUUUCUGCACUGAAACCAUACAUUAAGAGACAUGAAUCAAAAGACAGCCAUCAGCAGCUGAAGGAAAGACGACACAGCCUUCCCAACGUAUCAACAAGACAUCCGAAGGAAGGAAAAGGACGGAAAAGUAUUCUGGUGUCCGCUGACAAAGAAAAUCUGGAUCCAAAGUUGGCUGGAAGAACAUACUUGGUGAAGAACCCAAAAUUUAAGCAACUAUCCAAAUCCCCAAAUGUCUCACAUAUUGUGGCAAAACAGAGGAAGGAAUAUUCUGUACAUUCAAACAUAACUCAAGAGGAACAGGAGAAGUCAAUAUCAAAAGCUGACAUGUUUCCCAGAGUUCAGAGAAAUUCAUCCAGCAAUAUCAAUAAAAGCCCACCAAUAAACCAAAGAAAUUUAACCACUAAAGCAGACUCGCAAAACGAUGACAGUGGAAAAGAAAGCAGUCUACCUAAUGAUGGUAUACCCCGACAAAGACUAGACAAAAGAGAACAUGGCAGACCAGGCAUUGAAUGGAGUGAAAAGGUGAACAAACCACCAUCUGGACGGAAGAGUCUUGAUUCUGGACGGAAGAGUCUUGACUCAAAACCUCAGUGUCUUCAUGCCUUUCAAAAUGAAGGAAACACUCGGUUAAAUAGACAUGUAUCAGAGUCUGUUCAAGGGAAGAAAGAAAUGCCUGGCAAAAUGGUAGAGAACAAUAACUGGGGUUUACAGAAAUUUGAUAGUGAGAGAAGAUUAAGCAGCCAUAAACACAACAAUGGUGGUAUAGGAAAACCAAGUUCCAAAGCUCCUAGGACCUCUGAAAAAAGGCCUAAACCAGUUGGGUCUGAAAAUACAGGUGUACUGAAAAAUCCUUCUUCAAGACACUACUUUCCUCUUGGUCAGACCAGUAAUGAUGAAUUUGACCAAUCUGAAUUAGAAAAUGAAGUAUUUUUUGAUCAGAAAUCUGAGAGAGAAAUCAAACGAUAUUGUGAUGACCCAAUUACUGACAACAUGGAUAAAGCGGAGAGAAUAAGGCGAUCUAGUUCUUAUGACUGUGUAUUUGAGGAUAAACAACAGGUCCCUAGCGAUGGAUAUAUUCUGAGAGCAAUGUCAACGGGUAGUAUCUUGUCCAGAAGGCUGUCAAAGGAUGGUUAUACAUACAAAAUUUCAUCCUCUGCAAUGCCUGCAGAGUUCAAGGAUGCAGAACAAGAGAGAGUGCUGUUAAAACAAGACCCAGUACAUAUCACAUCCCUGUUGUAUGACUCUGUGUGUAGAUUUAGGACAGACAGAAGCAAUGGGGUGGACACUUUGUACAUGGGAAUUACCCGAGCCUUAGGAAAGAGAGAGGCAGAUCUAUACAUAACCAAACUAACACAAAGCGUGAUUCAGCAGAAGGAAUUCCAUGAGGUGGAACCCAUUGUUCCAGAAAAUAAGAGGGAGUUCCUGCCUUUAAUCCUGUGUUACAUACAAAUGUCAUAAUUAUUUUGUAAAUAGAGAAAUGCAACAACACUUCAUUAAACAGAACACAAAACUGGGAAAGUAUACA